CAACGACAGAGAUCCCUUUCCCUCUCUCUCUCUCGCUCUCCACAUUCCCCGUUAACUUCCCCCUGGUAGUAACCGUUUCUUAUUCUUCGCGUUCACAAUCCGAUUCUCUACAGUGAUUGGAAUUCCGAUCAAUGCUAGCCAACGUCGCCGCCGCUCGCCGGUGAUUCUUUCUUCUUUCGUCGAAGCAGGAUCAAGAAAGCAUUCUUUGAGAACGACCGGUAGGCAAGGUGUUUGCUAGAUUGCGUCAAUGGCCGCCUCAAGACUCGCAUAAGAGAAAGCUUCUGUCUCGACGUGAUCAAGUGAGCGCUCGGGAAAGGCGAAAGAACCGUUCGCGACUGUGUUUUCGCGCUCGGACGGCCUGCAGGGAAAGUGUUUGCUUUAUUGUGUCAAUGGCCGUCUGAAUUCUAGCAGAGUCUGAUAACAACUAACGUCUCUACAGGAAACAAAGCGCAUGCCAGGGAAUAAUUACUGUCCGAGUCCUACCACGCCGAGAACAAGACUAGAGAGGCUUCUGAGGGAUAGAGAGCUUCGGAAAUCCAGCCGAGUUUCCACUCCCUCUGAGGAGAUAGGAGAUACUCUAUCGGAAGCCGAUUUCUUCUCCCAGGAUUCCAUUCUAUCUUGCCAACUAAGCGACGAGCAGCAGGAUUUCGAAGGAUUGUUGGAAGGUUCUCCUCCGCAAGAUGUGCGGCCUCGUAAACAAAGAUUGCUGGUGGUUGCCAACAGGCUCCCCGUUUCUGCAACUCGGAUGGCUGAUGAUGCGUGGCAUCUUGAGAUCAGUGUGGGCGGCUUAGUCAGUGCACUUUUGGGGGUGAAGGAGUUUGAUGCCAGGUGGAUUGGCUGGGCCGGUGUGCACGUACCUGAUGAAAGUGGACAGAAGGCACUAACUGAAGCAUUGGCCAAAAAGAGGUGCAUCCCUGUUUUCCUUGAUGAAGAUACUGUUCACCAGUACUACAAUGGCUACUGCAACAAUGUCCUGUGGCCUCUUUUCCAUUAUCUGGGUCUUCCCCAAGAAGACAGACUCUCGACGACCCGUAGUUUCCAGUCCCAGUUUGAUGCCUACAAGAGGGCGAAUCACAUGUUUGCCGAUGUUGUGAACGAACAUUAUGAGGAGGGAGAUGUCGUUUGGUGCCAUGAUUACCAUCUGAUGUUUCUCCCCAAGUGCUUAAAAGAGCACAAUAGCAAAAUGAAGGUUGGGUGGUUUCUCCACACGCCUUUUCCUUCAUCGGAGAUACAUAGGAUGCUGCCAUCACGUUCAGAUCUCCUGCGAUCCGUUCUGGCUGCUGAUUUAGUUGGGUUCCACACUUAUGAUUACGCAAGGCACUUUGUCAGUGCAUGUACUCGCAUCUUGGGGCUUGAGGGGACACCUGAAGGAGUAGAAGAUCAGGGGAGGCUUACUCGUGUUGCAGCGUUCCCUAUUGGGAUAGAUUCAGAUAGAUUCAUCCGAGCUCUAGAGCUUCCGAAAGUCAAGGAGAGUAUGAAAGAUCUGAAAGAAAGAUUUGCUGGCAGAAAGUUAAUGUUAGGUGUUGAUCGUCUUGAUAUGAUCAAAGGGAUACCCCAAAAGAUUUUGGCAUUUGAGGCUUUUCUGGAGGAAAAUCCACAAUGGCGUGAAAAAGUAGUGCUUCUGCAAAUUGCUGUGCCCACAAGAACAGAUGUUCCUGAGUAUCAAAAGCUUACAAGCCAAGUUCAUGAGAUUGUUGGACGCAUCAACGGAAAAUUUGGGACCCUUACCAGUGUUCCAAUUCACCAUCUGGAUCGAUCACUUGACUUUACGGCUCUAUGUGCACUAUACGCUGUUACGGAUGUGGCACUUGUUACGUCAUUAAGGGACGGAAUGAAUCUUGUCAGCUAUGAGUUCGUUGCUUGCCAGGCUGCCAAGAAAGGGGUCCUCAUUUUAAGCGAGUUUGCAGGAGCAGCACAGUCGCUUGGAGCUGGAGCACUUUUGGUCAACCCAUGGAAUAUCUCAGACGUUGCUACAUCGAUUCGUUAUGCUCUGAAUAUGUCAGAAGAUGAAAGAGAGAAGAGAUUCCACCACAACUUCAUGCAUGUGACGACUCACACAUCACAAGAGUGGGCUGCAACCUUCGUCAGCUACUCAUUGGCCAAAAAUAUUUCUCAUGCGGAAUCUCGUUGGUGUAGUGAACUGAACGACACUGUGGUUGAAGCACAGCUAAGGACAAGGCAAGUGCUUCCUGUCCUUCCAAUCGACACUGCAGUUUCCCGCUACACCUGCUCCCACAAUCGCUUGCUUAUACUGGGGUUUAAUGGAAGUUUAACCGAACCAGUAGACUCUUCUGGUAGAAGAGGUGGUCAAAUUAGAGAGCUGGAACCUAGACUGAACCCUGAACUGAAAGAACCUUUGAAGAAGCUGUGUGGUGAUGAAAAGACGACUGUCAUUGUCCUCAGCGGAAGUGAUCGAUCAGUCCUAGAUAAUAACUUCGAGGAAUUCAAUAUGUGGUUAGCAGCAGAGAAUGGGAUGUUCUUACGCCUUACGAGUGGAGACUGGAUGACAACAAUGCCCGAAAAUCUCAACAUGGACUGGGUUGACAGCGUAAAGCAUGUUUUCGAGUAUUUUACAGAAAGGACGCCUCGAUCCCAUUUCGAGCUCCGUGAAACUUCACUAGUUUGGAACUACAAGUACGCAGAUGUUGAGUUUGGAAGGCUGCAAGCGAGAGACUUGCUGCAGCAUCUAUGGACCGGCCCAAUCUCAAAUGCUGCCCUUGAUGUCGUCCAUGGAGGCCGUUCGGUGGAGGUUCGAGCUGUUGGUGUUACAAAGGGAGCAGCCAUUGAUCGCAUUCUUGGGGAAAUAGUGCAUAACAAAAACAUGAAGGCACCCAUUGACUACGUCCUCUGCAUCGGCCAUUUCCUCAACAAGGAUGAAGACAUUUACUCAUUUUUCGAGCCGGAGCUGCCGGCGAUGACACAUAUAUCGUCACGGGCCACUUCCCCUGACCCUUACGGCUACGCUAGCCGGGGGUCCAAGCCCAAGUUGCCAGGAAGCAGAACGCCCAAAUCACAGGCCCACUUGAUGAAGCAGCGGUCAUUGUCAACCCUGGAGAGAAGUAAUUUUGGGACGUCCAGUUGGCGGCAGCUGGGCAGAGACGACAGAGCCUCGUCGGCGUCGGCGUCGGCAGAUGGUGCGGCGGCGUCGUCGUCGUCGUCAUCGUCUCGCGGCCAUGAGGGUUCUUCCGUCCUGGAUCUGAAGGGCGAGAACUACUUCUCCUGUGCUGUCUCCAAGAAGCGAACCAACGCCAGGUAUCUGCUUCGGUCUUCCAGCGACGUCGUGGAGCUACUGAAGGAGCUCGCUGAUACGGUGCCGUAGCCAUGUGGUGGGAUGGUAUAAGUUUUGGAUUUUCGGCUUCGCAUCGAAUGUAUGUGUUACAAUAUUAUAGAUCCAUUUUAGGUUAGGUCAUCUGAUAAUGUCGUUUACAUUCACUGCCUGGCAAAAUGGUUUUGACACCAAGUAGAAUAGAAUCUUCGAAAAUUUCAACUAUUUUGUAGAGGUUGCAGUGGAGUUUCUAAUCAAGCUCUUGCACUU